UUGACAGCGUACAGUAGACUCUCGCUAUUCCAGCUCAUUGAAGUACGGCCACCUCGAUAUACCGGCCAUUUGGCUUGGCACGGAAUGCUAGCUAUAUGUUUACUGCACAAAACUCACCCUGAAGUACGGUCACUUGCUAUUUCGUAUACCAGCCAGUGCUGGCUGUCCCAAACAAGGUUUUCAAUGUAAUUUUAUACGUGUAUUACGGCCGGAUAUGACGUUUUGGGUGUGGUUUAGCAAAUAAAAUUGGAUUACACUUAAAUAGAGAACCAUUAUUCUUCAUUAUCCUCGAGACAAGAAUCGCAAAAUUAGUCGCAAAAUUAGUCAUUAGAUUCGAGGUAAGGUCGUUUUUAAGCCGCGGCUAUUUCCCAAAAUACAGCCACCUCGCUAUUUCGGCCAAGCUGCAUGGUCCCAAGGGUGACCGGAUUAACGAGAGUCUACUGUACGUGCAAUUACUUGAGACAGGUAAUUGCACGCUGUCAAUGACGACGUGCGAUUACUGGACCGUAUGUGAUAUGGGAUUAAUUGCUGUACACUUUCCAGUCGCUAAAAACACAUCAUACGAUUAUAUUGCUAUAGAGAUUAACUACACCCAUGACAAUUCAAUGGUGCAUGCAUGUAGCACAUCUCCAUAAAGGGCUGGCUCAAUCAACAGUAGCACAACUAUAGUGAAGGAUACUUCACAUGUGUGAGACCAGUUGUUGAGCAGAGAACCUAUCGAGGCUCUUGGUCUGCUAACCAGUAUGCGCCUAUUAGUUGAUGUGCGCUUAAUCGGUACAUAAUUUUCUACCGUAAAUGACUAAAUUUAGGCCUGUAUGUGCCAGAUUUUGUCACCUAUUAUUCACUUCAUCAGCGUAUUAUUCAAAUAAAUUAUUGAUGACACCUAUUAGUAGACUCUCGUUAAUCCGGUGAAUAGCGAGGUGGCUGUAUUUCAGAAAAUAGCCACGGAUCUUACCUCGAAUCUAAUGACUAAUUUUGCGGUUCUGCUAAUGAAGGAAAUGAAUCAUUCAGCUCUCUAUUUAUUUGCCAAACCACACCCAAAACGUAAUCUGGCCGCAAUAAACGUAUAAAACCGGCAGCCAGCACUGCUGUCUAUUAUUCUUCCGGAAUAUUUGGCACAGCCCUAGGAAUGAUCGUGAAUCUAAGGAAGCAACGAUUAGAAAACAGUGAUUUUUGUCGCCUUCAAAGAUCACCUACAAGUUUCGACUAUAACUAUAGAGCACUGAAGUGCUAACCCUCGGUUGUUAACAUUAAUAAUAAACAUCUAUAAGGCAACCAAAAGUAUGUUACGCAAAAUGCUGGAUAAGCAGCAAAUAACAGGAACUAGAGGCAUGCAUGCUGAAACUUUUGAGAACAGAAGACAUGCAUUGUGGUCAGCAAAGAAACCUGGAGUCUUAGUAAUAUGGCUCCUGCUCUCGCCCGUCUGCUUAGUUCUGGGGCUAGAAUAAGCAAAGACAAUCACAGUUCUAGCUUUCUACUUUAGUGACCCUGUUUCAUUGUUCCUGGUACAGGAUCACUUCACCUCUAAAUACGUACCUCGAAUCAGAGGAGGUGCGAAGUACUUGUAAUUAAGGCCACUAAUAAUAGGUUUAAUAGCUAGCUAGUUAUCUCUUUCUAUAGCCGAGUUUUUAGUGUGCUGUAAGCUUAAAAUGUUAUUUUUCAGUUGGGUUAUAAUUGUAUUUUCACCAAUUUUGUUCAAAAGCAGAUACGUACAAUGCUGUUAUGUUAGCCUUGAUAUAUUGUGAGCGGCUUUGUAGUUGUUAUUGAGGUCAACACAAAGCUGGUCUCAAGGAGAGUGACUUUAAAUCAACUAAGGUCAAGUGCUUCGCACCUUCUCUAACUCGAACUUAAUUUUCAUGGGCCUUUCUGCAGCAUGCAUGCACGCGAUAUUAAAUUCGUGGAUAUAGUUUGCGGUACAUGCUUAAUCAACAACAUAAUUUAUACCUUUGAAAUACACGCUAUAUAUACGGUGUUCAACAACGAAGCUUUAACAUCAAAAUUUGCCACUAAUAACUUGUUGUGUGAAUCCAGGUAUGCAGGCACAGAUGUCACAAACAAACUAUACCCGCUGGCCGCGGCACGGCCUCGGGUAACUAGCCUACUACUGUUUCAUUAGCAUUUAUCAUAAAAGUGUCUAGUUCACUCGAACAGUUCAUUUUUGUGUCCACACACACACACACACACACACAACUCGUGCUAGAGAAAAAAAUUGCCAUGCCAGGAUAAUCAAGGUUCAAUAAUGGAGGGCCGGAUAAUCGAGGUUUUACUGUACUUACGACUUCACAUUAGAUACAUCACUAAUUUUGCCAGCACAAAGAGGUCACCUGUCACCAAGCUAAUAAAUUACGCCUCCUCUCUUCGGAUGAUGGGAUAAACUGAAGAAGGAAUAGUCAGACUAUAGCUAAGUGCUCAACGUAUAUACCAAUCAUUAUAAUACCUGAUAUUAAAUACGUUUAUACAUCCUAAAAACCCAAUAAGUAUAGUCGCUUACUUUAUUAUCUAUGGAUUCAGCGAGUAACUAUACACAGUUAUAUUUACAUUGAUGCAAAAUUAUGGUGAACUGCCCCACAUGAUGUACACUUUUUUGACACUUUGAGAGCAAAGCGUCACUCAACUCGCAUAAUUGUGAACUCACCUGACGAAGUGCACCCUGUGCUGGAGAAUGAAAGAAGCUUCUGACCAUUUUCAAAGGCACAGACAUCCUUUGUACCAGAGAGAGGGGGUGAGCUGGACAUCUUGUCAAACGCUAUGGAGUAUAAUUAUACUACUAUUAUGGUGAAUAAUGAAAGAAGACUACUUUAAAUGUCAUUAUUCAUGCACCAUAAUGGAUUACCGUAUAGCGCAAAAGGGGCUUAAUUUUCGCGGAUUUCGUGAUUAGCAAUCCUACACGAAAACUAAGUCCACGAAAAUUGUUAAAUUACCUGUUAUAACGUGCAAAGAUUUAAAGGCGUGGCUUCUAAUAAGCAGUCAUUCCACGAACAUUGUGCAACGAAGAGACCAAUCCACGAAAUAUAAGUGCCUCGAAAAUUUCGCGCUAUACGGUAUUCAUCACGCUUUAAUAAACUCACUGCACUCUAUGACGACAUCAUUCUCCGUACAGCAGUGCCCUUUAGGGCAUUGUCCGUCUGUCUGCAGCUCUGCCACUGAACAUUGGUGCCCGUCUUCUGGUUGCUCAUAGCAACAAGAAAAACACGAACAGGGGUUGGAGUUGCAUCGUGAUGUCUGAGAUACUGUCAGCCACGCACGCUGAAGACCAGAUUUGUCUCCACUGUGUAAUCAAAAUACAGUUGCUAACAGACAAUUAUUCUAUUACAUGCAGUUCAUGCAAUUGCUAACGAGUUACCGAUUUAUAUAAAAAUUUUGUGCUUUCAAUGUAGGCCUGGAAUGUAAACAUCAUGUUAACUCUAAUGUAGCGCACUACAUGGAGAUCCGGUUCGUAUACUUAACUGACAGUUUGUGAAUGAGUAUUGUCCUUUGUAACUGCUAACGGUCCGAGCACUAUCCCUAACAGCCCCAGUGAAACCAAGCUGCUUGCAUAUGUUAUUGGUCUGAUCAUAUCCCACCAUUGAUGAUGAAUUCUCGUUUAGCGAACCCCAGAAUGAGUGGAGAUAGGUUGAUACAAUCCCAAAUGACACCUGUCGCGCAGGGUACGUUGAAUCAUCGAUUACCUCAUCAGGAGGACAUAAUUGAACUUGACCGUUGUAUGAUACGAAAUUUCUUAGUAUGAGAGGUUGACCUUUUGGCAUGGCUGAAAUGGGAAUGAUAAGUACAGCUUUAAAGGUGAUGGAAGAGCUUAAAAACACAUCAUUCUGAUAUAAAUAGUUCGGUUCACUUACUGCACUUCAAGAUGAUAGGUCUCCCACACACUUCGUUAUGCGUGUAGAGCUGGUAACUGCACCUCAGUAAAUGGCUGGGGGAUCCGCCAUUGCUCAUAGGCUCAGUACAGUCCAGUUGUGUCAGUGCAUACAUAUAAUCAAUCGGCCUGCACAAUUUCAGUGUAACCAGAGAAAGAUCUUCAUAUAAAAAUUAAUCAAGCUAUAAAUAGAUCUAGUAUACCAUUUAUCAGUCGGAAAUGUUCGCAAGGUGCAACAUUUCGCGUUUUUCGAAGGCAAAGCAGUUAACCCAAAAGUUAAAACUGGAAUAAACUCCCAUGCACUGGUAUUUCACUAUUGGUGGGUGUGAUUUCCUGGCAUUGAACCAUAAAUUAUUAGAAAUAUUUGCUGAGGGCUCUGGAGCCAAAUAGCAAAAAUAACCCGCAGAAAAUUCUCGCUACGGAGUACGGUGUGUCAUUUUGCAGUUAGAUUAAAUGUAUAAAAGCUUGCAUGCAUGCUAUAGAUCUAUACACUUACAUGAUCAAUUUCAUUCUUUUAAUCUUAUCAGGAGAGAGGUUGCCCUGAGGCGUAUCCAAGCAUGUUACAUAUCGCAUUAGACGUCUUCCAGUUAUAAUCAUGUAUCCUAUCAUUGCAAAUCGGACGCCAUCUCGGCACCUCUUUGUCAGACCCGUAGUAGAUCAUAAGAGUGCCGAUGACUUGAGUGGUUGUCUUACAGUUGGUAUCAUUCUGACAUGGCAUCAACUUAAUGUCGCCCAUAUGCACAUCUUGACAUGAACUCACUGUAUGCUAUGUAGAUAGAUCUAGAUUCUAGAUAUGACACUUUAGUUACCUGAAAUAAAGCAGAGUAUAAACAGAGAUUGCAGGGCAACAGUAGGCAUUGUCUUGGCCUCCUGUAAUAAAAUUUACAUCUAUACUUUGUAAAACCACAGAUGGUGAAACCAGUAGUGGUGAACUUAUAAUCUAGAUCUAGCCAUGAGUUCAUGAUUAAUUUUAGGUGCAAUCCCUGGGAGAGUCCCAUCGUAAUGUUUAGAUGUAGGGGUAUCCAGAGAUCAACUGUGCAUGGAUUCUAAUAUAAAGGUAGAUACAUGCUAGACUCAAUUCCAGGCCGCUCUCAAUUGAGAAAGACGGCCUGGUAUACUAAGGAAUAUCCAUUGAAACUCUCAGGAUACUCCAGGGUACAAAUCCCAUGUACCCUGCUAUAGUAGGGUGUACAUUCAUGUACCGUGGUCAGCCUAAAGCCCACCUUCCACCCUUAAAGGAGCCACUCUUUUAUAGAUGACUACUGAGACACACUAGGAUCACAUUGUGAAGAUUAAUUCUUCAGUCCAAUUAAAACUACAACCACAUAGAAUUGGAAUUGGGUUGUGUGAAGUUGUAAAUGUGGUUUGUCAAGUGCAAGCAUGCUCACACAAAAUGUGCACAGUGCAUGCACAUCAAAGAGUGUUUACUACUACUCAGUUGUAAAUGGGUUGGAUAACAGCUCUAAUCCUAAUAGGUGUUCAUAGUACAAGCUACCUGCAGUCUGCCCUAAGACCCCCAAGUUUUCAGUAUUUGCAAGACAAGACAGGAAAUACAUACCACAAGUAUUUUAAUGGUUUCAUAAGGAUGACAUCACAAAAACAUUGUUUUAAUGAAAUUCAUAAUUAUAUAAUGAGAUUCAUAAUGAUGCACCCUACAACUCAGAUUGUAGUGAAGGGUGAUUUUUUUCUGAAUUUCCAAAGCUCAUAACACAGACCAUUUACUGAACUAGAACUUGUUACUAGGAGAUAAAUUAGUUCAAUAUGGAAUGUAUUGACUCAGCAAGUUUGGACUGGAUUGAGAUAGUGUGAACAGCUUGCGCAAACUCUCAAAGUUAGCUCAUUCUGAAUAAUCUCUGUGGUUGGUGGAACUCAUGGCUGCAUAUCUCCAGAUGUGAAUGGAACCAGAGACUGCCUAAAGGAUCAACUAGUGCAUCUGAUGCAUGUGCAUGCUUAGCAGCAAGCUAGAAGGCUUGAAGUCAUUCAUGAAGUGUUCUAUGCUAUUGCCAAGUUGUGUAUUUAUUUCAAAGUUUGUGUAACUGCUUUGCAAACACCAUUCAUUUGUAUGGCAUUUACCUUGAAUAUGUUGUAAUUUAGAUCCUUUUGAUUUGAUCAACCAAUUUUUAGCUUGCUACGUUGAUGGUGAACAGCUUGCUCAAACUCUCGAACUUUCCGCAAUCGUUUUCACAACUUAAUGCCAGUUUGACCCAAAUUCAUAUUUUAAAGUGUUUGUCGUAUGUUAAACUGUCUUCUUAUUACAUAUUUCAACUUAGAUAGCUCUAAAAACCUUUACUUUUAUCAGAAACAAAGAAAAACUGUUCUCAUUAAUAUAUUCAUGAGGCAACUUGUAGCACUUCCUGUCUUACAACAUUUGGGGUCUUAGGGCAGACUGCUGUAUACUGGAUAGGUGUUCAUAGUACAAGCUAUCUGUAUACGUGGAUACCGUGGAUACCGUAUAGUGCGAAAUUUUCGAGGCACUUAUAUUUUGUGGAUUGGCCUCUAAAAGCCAUUUCGUUGCACAAUGUUCGCGGAAUGACUGCUAACCGGAAGCCACGCCUUAAAUCUUUGCACGUUAUAGCAGGUAAUUUAACAAUUUUCGUGUAGAAUUCUAACCCACGAAAUCCGCGAAAAUUAAGCCCCUCGAAAAUUUCGCGCUAUACGGUAUCUGAGUGUGUAUUGUUAUUGUACGUACAACUGCCCUCCUAGUACAAAUCCAAUACACCCUUGAUAUCCAUGGUGGUACAGUACUUUUCGAAUAUCAUUCCAAGUUGAAUGUUGAAGUGAGUACUCACACCACCUAAACCACAAAGCUGAUACAACUGUAGGUGGCUGUCACAGCCUGUCAGUGUGAUGAUGCCCAUGCAUGAUAAUACACAGCACUGACUACAUGUGUGGGUGUUCAUCUAGUGCAUAUUCAAAUGACUUGAGGUGCAGAGUGUUGCUACACUAGCAAACCAAGUAAGAGAAUUAAUGUACAUCAGCAAAAGUACUGUAAAAGAAUAGAGCAUUUGUUCGGGAGAAGUGGAGAUGUCGAGCCAAAGUAGCAAAUUAAGGCAUGCAUGGUCCUCAUCCUAUGUUGAAUCCGUAACAGUGCUACAGAUACUCUUUGAAAAUCUAGGCACUUACUUAGGAGAAGUUCAAGCAAAGAUACACAUACAUUUGUACAUAAUUAUGAAGCUUGUGGGUAUCAUGAUCAGCUUUGUUUUAUGGUUUAGUGGUGUGAGUACUCACUUCAACAUUCAACUUUGAAUGAUUCAACCUACUUGAAAAGUACUGUACAACUAUUAUAAUUGUAGAGAAUUAGGGUUUCAUAAUCUAUAGGUAAUUUGCUAAAUUAAUGGCUUCUGAAAAAAUGCAUGAUUGAUUGAGUUUCGUGUGUUGUGUUUAGAAAGCAAUGGCUGAUUGCAAGGUACAUGCAAUAGUACAAUAGUGGUGGUCUGGACGUGACGUGAUGUGUCGGCAGGUCUGGUCUUCCCUCACUAUUUCUAAUAAUUAUAAUGGCAAGUCUGUCUGUGUGUAUGUAUUAUACUGAAGUCACAUGCAUAUAGACGCUAGGGAGUAUUAUACAUGUAUGCGCGCGUUAUAUAAUAUACGCCCUUCUGCUACCUCGGUCAUGAUCUUGACUCUAAUUUAUCUCCUUGACCCACCUUAGCUGGCCUAUUUUGAGUUGAAAUUGUUUUGCCCUUCCAGAAAAAUUGGCUUAGGGACGAGGCUAGAUCAACCUAUGAUCUUGUGAUGGACCACUAACUUGACUCAGAAAGCAGAUCAGCAAAUUGUCAAAUUGUCUGCUGCGGGUUUUCACUCACAAAUUCAUUAAUUCAUGCAUGCAUGAUCACGGAGGUCUGACAACCGUGCGCCUGCAUGCUAAGCGUCUAACAGGGUUUUUGAAGAAUUAAAACUUGCCUACGUUCCAUGGUGCAGUAUAUAUAUAGAACCCCAUUAUUCGGCCCUCUGUUAUCUGGAAUUUGUCGAGUACUUUUUCCAGUUUCUGUUCCGUUAUAAUUAUGAGUAAAUCAUCAUAAUUAUUAUGUAUACUGCUGUUAAUUGUGAGGCAUUCUUGUGACUUUUCGUCUAUAGUGGGAUCUGUUGAUAUAUGAUAUCCAACUUGCGAACUUUCAUUGCGAAUAAGUCUUCUGCCCUUGGUAGGGAUUUUAUUUCCAUUUUUCUAACCUUGUUUACUUAUAUAGCCCCCACAUACUCUCACUGAUCCGGGUGCGCAGCCCAGUCUGAGAACUGGACCGGUUUCGAUCAGUUUCCUCCAGUGGUUCAAGUUCUUUAUUGACCUUGUCCUUCAUUGUAUAUACGGUACCUGUCUAGAACACAGGUUUCACAUCCUAGCAACAACAUUUUUCACUUUCCCUAGAUCAUCUCGAAAUGUUUUCUAGCACCUCAGUCAGUGUUUGUCCUGAUUUUACAAAGUUAAUUCACUACCAGUGAGUUUGAGUCCAAUUUAAUCAUGCCUAACCAAUCACGUCCAAUCAAGGUAUAGGGCCUGUCGGUGCGUAAGUCUUUUCGCUCCUCGUAUCUGGUGUAUCAUUCAACAGAAUGUCGAUAAUAAUCGGUGGCUUGGAGGGGUCGCCCACACGACACAAGGCGUAUAGCAAACUUUACUCCAGGGAACGUAAGCUGAAAGAGUAACUAGAUUCAACUGUACAUAUUAUCAAUUUUAUCUGCCCGUGUUUAAAGUAACAAUUGAUAAACUGAUGAUUUAUAUUAAGAUAUGCUAACUCCAAUACCUUAGAAAGAACGUAUGGUUCUUAUAGUGUUCAAAGUUAGAGGUACAUACAGUAAUUUGGACACUAAUUUAACCCCCACUUAUUUCACUUUGGGCACCCACUGCAGUUAGUUUUCACCAUACUUUUUUGCAGUGUAGCUAGCUACUUAACUUGCACGCUAUAACUUGCUAUAAGUUCAACAAAAGAGUGAUGGUGCAUUAAUAUAUAGCACAUGGACAAAACGAGUAAAGUGAUGUGAGGAGUACAUAAGGGGAGCAAGCAACUACUCUCGUAGUAUAAUGUAAACUGUGUGGUUUGACAUGACCAUGUGGCUAAGGCAGGCAACGCUACAAUCAAAAAUUCUACGCAUGUGAUUGCGCAAUACUAUAAUUUUUUUCAACAUACUAGUAUGACAGAGUGAGACAACAACACGUUUGUAUGGGCUUGUAUAGUAGUUGCUUACUCCCCUUCAUGCAUGUACUCCUGGUAAUAAAAACAGCAACGUAUAAAAUAUAGGACGUAAGUAAGGAAAUGACAUCAAUCAAUUCACCAGCACUCUAAAAGCUGAUUAGUCCAUAGUUCACAAUAAUAUAGACAUACGCCAAUUAUACCGUAUAGCCCUGGCUAGCCAUGCAUGGAAUAUAAUCAAAUUCGUGACCUUACACCCCGUGUAUUUGAUUUAUAGUAUAACGCAUAAAGCGAUUACUCUAAUUAUCAUGCUUAUUAUCUUCAUAUUGCUGAUGUAUAUUACCUUAUGUUGGUAUUGUCCUGAUUGUUUAGUAAGUUUAACACUUCUUUAUUACACACAAUGCAUGAUAAUUAUGUGAUGUCAACAAUCGUCAAUCUAUAUGUACGUAGGAAUGAACGUAUACAGUAUAAUUAUGUAUACCAAUUAAAAGUGGGCAGUCUUCUCCACAUACAAAAUCAUUGGUUACCGUAGAAUUGUAGAAUAGGAUACUUCUAUCGUGCAUUUCUUAUGACUCAUUCCAUGCAUUCUUACAUUUGCAACAGUUUUAGUAUUAUGUAUUUCCAUUGCUGAAAGCUGUUCUAACUCUUUCCCCCUCGUAAAAGCAGGGAUAUAGAGUCAUGCUUGCACCAUUGCCACAGACUUUGAUCGGCUAACACAAUGUUAACUUAUCUACAGUGCUCGGUGAGAUGCUUGUCACCUCCCAAGGUUCUGAAAGAAACAAAACUACUUCCAUUCCCUGUGAAAACUUUUGCCGUACUAUAUGGUGCUUGUAAGAGGACCAUGUACUCGCCGAAAGGACAUUGCUUUCAGCGAGUUAUCAAAUUGGGUAGAUCAGAAUACAACAUUGCUGUGAACUUGUACCGUAUAGCGGGUAAUUUUCGUGGGGUAAAAUAUUCGUUAUUUUCGUGGGCAAGCUGUCCUCCACGAAAUUUUAACGUAGGCGUGGCUUAUCAGAACGUAGGAAUGCAGGCAGGCAACGAGACUAAACGAAAUUUUUACUCACAAAAACCACCGUUUCUCGAGUUGAACGAAAUUUUUACCCCAUAAAAAUUACCCGCUAUACGGUAUUCAAUUCACCAAUAACCUUGUAGCACCCUGCCAGUUGCAUUUUCUCUACCAAGGAAAUUGUUAAAUCAGUUUGUUGCUGUGCCAUCGUCUAGUUUCAUGCAGGUCUUCUUGUUCUCGAGUUAGAUCAACAUGACUUUGACCACCAAGUGAGAUGAGCGCCUUUAAGUCUAUUCCAGUAUGGGACAUUCCAUAUGAACUCAAACAAAAAAAUGAGCACCCCCUCCGAUUUCAACGAAACUUGGUAUAUACAUACCAUGGGAUCAGAAGAUAUGGACUUUGCAAUACAAGUUGGUGCAAUUAUUAACAUGCCUGCAUGUGGGCCAUUCCAUACCAAUUCAACAUUUCCUAAAUGGGGUGACUUGUCAAAAUUUAACAUGUAUCCCAUAAUCAGUAAAUUGAUAGAAGCCGCACAACAUACCAUACGAAACCCUGUUACAUAAGCUACAAGUUGAUAUUAGUGAAACAUCUUGGAAACACUCUGAUCAUAUAAGUUAUUUCUCUUUUGACGUACAACUAAGAGGAAGGGAAAACGGCAAUAUUCAGGUGACCAUACCACAGAAGCCAUACAAUAAAUAACCCUAAAUUCUUAUGUGUGUUAUUACCUCACCGUACUCCAUCUAUGUAUGAAAUUUCGGAGAAUUCUGACAAGUCACCCAUUUAGGAUUGGUAUGGAAUGGCCAACAGGCAUGUUAAUAAUUGCACCAACUUGUAUUGCAAAGUCCAUAUCUUCUGAUCUCAUAAAGAUCCCAUCCCAAAACUUAUACAAGCCGGGCAAUAGUACCUAGACUAGUUUGGUAAAAAAAGGAAAAAAAGAUGCCAUUUUUGAGUAAUGCUUAAUUAAAGGUUACGAUAAUGACCUUUUGACCCUUUAACGAGUGCCCACCCCCUUUAAGCACGUAACCGGAAAGGUCAUAUCAUAGAGAGUAUGGUGGUACUGUUUUUAUCUGAUCACGGCAGAAGUUAUGCUCUAAGAAGUGUAGGUGGGUCACCGAAAUUUUUUAAAUUUUGGUGAAUUUUCAAGGGCUCGUAACUAAGAAGCUAUACGACAUAUAGGGCUAAAAUUGGGUGUGGUUAUAUAACUUAUGGUAAUUAAGGUAUGUAUAUACUUGAAAUCGGAGGAGGUGCUCAUUUUUGUGUGUUGAGUUCACAUGGAAUGUCCCGUAUCUAACAUUGUACUUUUUAGGCCUCUCUAGAUAUAGAUUCUGAGCUCAUACUCUUACUUCCUACCCUCUGGUUGUUAUCACUCUUGCGUACGUGCAAUGCGUCUGAGUCAUAAGGGAGGGCAUUUAUGCGCUGCGAGAGGGCUUACUAAGAAAUGUGAUGGCGAUUCAUCUGCAUGUCGCAUUGCCAGGGAGACAUUCGAGCGGUUACAGUACCUGAACUGGAACGCGUCCAGCUCUAGGCCACUAGAAGCCGGAUUCUAAAGUUGGAGGGCCAUGAAGAGAACAGUCCAUUAAGCAGCAAGACCAUAGCAGCGAAGGGCGGUGCAGGAAGUGAUGAGAUAGCGAGACCCUGUAUUGUGCGGACUACAGGUUCUCUCCAAUAUGUUAAAAUCACUCUUUGAGGGACCAAACCGUAGAGCAUAAUUGGUAGGGAAAGUGUAGAGUACAGCUUGUGGGAAUGGAGACAGCCGAACCUCGCACCCAUUGAGUUCAGGGCAAAGAAACCACUCCUACCAGCAGAGCAGCGCCUGGAGAUUCUGAGGGAGCCAGAAGUAGACACUAAGCGCAUGGUGUCGAUACUCCAUGGAUAUUCUGAACAAACGUGCAGAGAAGGAACGGGAUUGACGACCGAGUGGAACGGGAUCUGGUGGGUUCUCCAAAUACCAUGACGGCAGAGUUUAUUUGAUAGCGCCAAGCACUCGAAUCGCGCCCUGGUGUACUCCUUGGGAGACUGGGAAGAUCAGCUAUUGAGAAGAAAGCAGGCUCAUGAUGUGCCAGAUUCUAGGGUGGAUAUACCCAUUCUAGGGUGAAUACCCUUUUGGUGAAGUUUUACUUCAUGCCAAACUGCCUUCUUGACGGCCUUCCUGCCGGAGAGAUUGAACCGUUUCUUGAAAUAUGAAGGCCGUAGGAUUACCUGGUCUGAAACCUCCCUGGAGACUUGGGACAAUAUCUUCUUGAGAAGCAGUAUAGUUCCUCAUUCCAACAUUGGACAAGAGAGAGAUUCCUCUGUGGUUUGAGGGUUCUUUAUCUGCACAUUUUGGAGAAUUGCCGUAACAAGGACAAGGGUAGGGAUGUGACAGGCAUGGCGUCUCCAAGCUGCACUGUUGAGUCAUUGUAUGAUAUCUCCACCCUGGGGGAGGGGUCUGGAACCUGCUAUUCACACUUUAAAAGUUGUCAGACAAGGAGGGGUCCCAAAGUAGUUAGCCCAACCCUCUAAGAGGGUAUCGCUAGAGUAGAGAAGCCUCCAGUGUGGUGGGCAGGAGAAGGAGUCCCAUUUAUCGUCGAUUAAGGAGAGAGACUCGGGUGGCGCUAAUAUGGUGAGCCACCAUUUCCUUUUCCUUGCACUAUUCAUUUUAUGCUCUUCUUUAUAUAUAGUCGGGCAUGAGAAUUUUGUCCCCCAUACAAUCCUGAAAGGAGAGGGUCGUCUUAAUUGCUCUUGCUGCCUAGCACUGGGAGGCGAGGCAAGUGAUUCUUGGGGACAACAAUAUUUUUUUAAGGCAGUGCUGCUUUCGAAUGCUCAAAACAAUAAAUGGGAUCCCAAAAACACCGUUACCUAUUAUACAUGCAUGUUCAAUUUGGCAUUCGGUUCGCUCCAAGCACAGCUAUCAAAUCCAACUAUUACAGAUCAUCAACGACUGGUCAUCUGCUAUCAACACAAAUUCUACGACCCAUGCUAUAUUUCUAGACUUCUCCAAGGCGUUUGAUUCAGUACCACACCAGAGACUCCUAGGAAUCCGCGGAAACCUACUGAAGUGGACUAAAGCCUUCCUUGUAGGAAGAGAGCAAAGAGUCAUAGAUGGCAGUUUCUCUCCCUGGACCAUGCAAUGUCACAUCUGGAGUCCCUCAAGGAUCUAUCCUUAGCCCGCUAUUCUUCUUGAUAUACAUCACAUGCAUUGGAGAAGGAAUCACAUCCACCAUCAAGCUCUUCGCCGAUGAUUGUGCUAUAAUUAUAUACCGAGAAGUAAGAACCUCUAUAGUGAUACUUUAUGUCUACAGCAAGACCUAUCACACCUGUCCACCUGGUUCCACAAAUGGCUAUUGCACUUCAGUGUAAGGAAAUGUCCAAAAAUCCCCUCUCAAUUUUACAUAUACUGUAUUGAAAACACCCCCUUGGACUGGGUACCAUCGUUCAAGUACUUGUGGGUACUUAUCGACAGCAAACUGAAAUGGACUGAGCAACACCAAGUCUCGUCAAAAACAAUGAAGGUUCUCAACCUCCUGCGACGUAAUCUCCACCACGCGUCAAGGGCAGCCAAAAUAAGAACAUUUACAACACUCAUCCGCACAAACCUGGAGUAUGUGGCUCCAGUCUGGUCACCCCACCCAGGGGCGUAGCCAGGAUUUUGGAGAAAGAGGUGCUAUCAUAGAUUAAAGAGGGCGCGAAGCGCCCAAUUUUUAGCCACGCAGCGCCGAAAUUUGGUUGGCCGGAAGCCACACCUCUUAUUAAUGACGUCAUAAUUAACUUAAGUUGGGCAUGGCUGAAUGUUUAUUUGCAUAGAGAAGCUGGCCACGAUCACAAAAGAGAACUAGUUUAUAGAUUUAAGCCACACAGUUUAGAGACUGAAUCGUUUUCCUUGCUAUAAUAUACUAGCUAUAGGUAACAGCCUAACUGCAGCAAGAUCUGGAAGAGAAGGGGUGCUCAGCUGGAUAAUCAGAUACAUUUGUCUGUGAUUUGUAUACUUGACUCAGGCUGGUUGGGGGUGCUCAAGCACCCCUAGCACUCCUCCUGGCUACGCCCCUGCCACCAGAAGCAACACAUUAUUAAAUCCAAAAGAGAGCAGCCAGAUGGAUAACUGCCAAAUGGAACAAAGCAACUUAUACCUGGGAUAAGUUAUACAGCGAAAGUAUAUGCAAGAACUUAACUUGCUAUCACUUGAAAAGCGUAGAGAAUACCUUUCAUGCUGUCAAAUUUAUAAGAUCAUUAACAACCUGAACUGUCUGUCCGUUAAACAUGUUUACACCCCAAACAUCCAUCCUCACACAAAUACGCCUUACUUUGUAAGCAUGCUAGAAUUAACUGUUAUAUAGAUAUUUUUUUUGUAAAUAGUUGCUUUUUGUGGAACUCUCUACCUAUAGCUCUGUUGUAUGUAGUAUAUAGUUCUCUCACUAAUUUUAAAGUAUCCCUACAAUAUCACCUUACACCUUAUUGACCUCCUAUCAUUAUGCCUCGGCCGGUGCGCAUGCGCAAGCGAGGUGUACGGUAGUGUGUUUGUGUGCAUGUGUAUUUGUCUGUGUAGACUGCUAUACAGCUGCUAAAGGAUCAAUGAAGUGCAAGUAAAGUUUCUAGUCAUGUUUUCUUGUUUUAAUUCGUGGAUUUGCUUGGUUCUCGAGUUCCUAGUUUUGCUUACUUGGAUGCCAUUGCAGCCUUUUCAGAAGAGUGCAUAGCAUAACGUGUCCACGGAGUGCAUAGGUACCAACUGUCCCGAAUUGGCAGGGACAGUCCCAGAAUUAGCACUCCCUGUCCCUUGUCCCAAAAGGAAACUGCUAUUCAGCUCAGAUAUCCCGGAUUUCAAGGUUGCAUGCUGCUCCUGAGUUGGGUUACUAUAAGUGGGCGGGGCUAACUUAAUGAUGACAUCAUUAUUGUUAUGAGCAUGCGUAGUGAGCUAGUGAAGCCACAUACAUCUUGAAAAAACAUGGAAGAAGGUACCGUAUUUACUUGAUUAAACGCCCGGGCGUUUAUUUCCUAGCAGCAUCUGUAGAGGGGGCGUUUAAACGAGAUGGGCGCUUAUUCAAAACGGACGUUUAUUGUUUUGUCUACUUCAAACUCUUGCUCAUCAGCAGUUAUUAUGCUCUUUUUGGCUGCUGCCACAGCUUUCAGCUUUACGUAGGAGUGGUGUUUCUCCCUCUGUGUCCAGCUCUGCCAUCAUAAAUAGUAUCUAUUUACUCUAUGCUGCCCUUGUUUUAGCUGGUUCCACGUGCUAAUUCAGCUCCACCCACAGUGCCAUGCCCCAUACAUGGGCGAUUAUUUAAGAGGGGCGUUUAUUGACAAAGACAGCUUUUAUCAUGGGCGUUUAAACGAGAUAGGUGUUUAAUCAAGGAGGGUGUUUAAUCAAGUAAAUACGGUAUAUGAAUUGUUGUCUUUGCACUGAAAAACGGAGUUAUGUGCUAAAUUAUUGUGAAUUCCCCCAAAAGUUGCCUCCUUUGGUGACAGGCUAACGCCCCCCCCCCCCAUGUUUUGUCCCUGAAAUUUGGCUAGGAGUGUUGCUACUCAACUUAGUAGUUGGCUCUGCACUAGAACGCUAGCUAUUGGUAGCUGCAAGAGUGAGAAGAGCUGCAAGGCUCUGCUGAUGCAGCCAUUCAUUUUAGACUUGGAUGUUUGGCAUUGAUCGUUUUUAAUAACAAUCAUGGUGGCCGGUGGAUGAUUAUAUUCCCUGUGAUUCCUGGAUUCUGGCUUUGCAUGCAGCAAAAUAUUCAUCAUGAUAUAAUAUGUUAUGUGGCUUUGACAUCUCCACCGAGGCAUCAGCACUCGCGGUGUGGGUGCGGUGUUUGCAGUAUUUUUAUUUGUGUUUUUAUUUUUGUUAUAUGGGGAGCACCCUUGAGAGGCAAGAGCUCGGCUGACCUCGAGGAAGAGGAACUACAGGAAAGGAAACAGUGAGUCUAUCUGUCCCCCUAUCUCUUUCUCUGAAUGAGGACACCAGUUUACACACUGUCAUUGUAUGUUGUGUCUAGGCUCUAAGGCCAGAUAGGAUAUUUCAACCUAGCAGCCUAUUGUGCUACCCUUUCCCUUGCUGGAUAAACAUCAUAAUUCAUUCAUUCAUUCAACUAUCAUUACUUACUUUGGUAACAAUGAGAGUCUGUUUCCUCGUCCAUGUAUCUGCACCUUGCUAUCACUGCACUGGAGUCCGGCCAGGCUGGUACAUGGUAGUAAUGUACUCAUAUAGUAGUUCUACAGUAGAGCUGUGCCGCAGCUCUAGGAAGCAUUCAGCAUCAUCCACUACUCCUCCAUGUAUACACAUAGUAAUGUUGGCGUAUUGUUGUGCCCAAUCAUACCAUGGCAGCCUGUCAGGCCCUGUUACGUUUGCCUUCACUGCACUGUACUGCAUGCUCUAGCCUAGCCGCGGCCUGGGAUCGAGGCCUAGCCCAGGCCGAGUUUUCGCUUUUAUAACGAUUAGGCGAACAACUACAGCUGUGCUGCAUGCAGCUGCGCUUGAAUUCGCGGGGUGUGUUGUGGUUAAAUUUGUGAUUUAACUUCGGUUCCUGGGGAUGGGAAUCACUACGUAAAUAGCAUUGACGAUCCGCGUUUCGGUCAAUGUUUUCUUCUUUAUUUCCUCCAACCCAUGCUUUUAGCUAGUACUAGGCUAUAAACUAGCUACUGAGCUCCAUGUAUUAGCAAUGGCUAGUGGAACAGUCACAACAAGGUAGCAGCAACAGUUAGUGAGACCCUCCAAGCAGUAAAAAGCAGCUUGGACAGCAAAUUCUUGAGAGGAGCUCUGUCUGUACCGUUGAGUAUUCCAGUACAGUCACAGACAUGAUAGAGAAUUAUGGAAAUGUAGCAAAGUUCUGUCAUAAAUUACUGUGCCGAUACGAUGAACCAACUAUCAAUGAAUACAAAGAGACAUGUACCUACAUUCAAUCAUUGAUGUAACUUUCUAAAUGGGUACCCAAAAAGUCUGCUUUUAAAAACCAGCUUACUAAGACAAAAAUGAACAUUACUUACCAACCUAAAGCCAAGUGGCUUUGAUUUUACUUGCAUACAAUGCCCAGCUACUUAAGAAAGAGGGAAUCAUUAAUAUUUUGGGCUGUAGUCACAGCCUCUCCUUGUAGAAGGUACACAAAGCCACUAGAUAGAGCCGAAACGAUAAUACAACACUCAAAAAACUGCCUUUGAAAGUUUUCAAGCUCUUGGUGAGAUACACAACGCUUCUAUAUGAUGCACAGUAGGCGUGGAUGCUCAGCACAGGACUAAGAGUCCCAGUGGGGAGCUGUGAAUGAUAGUAAUAACAUUUCCCGCUGGGUUGGCGGGGUGUCUAGAGCCGAAACGCGGAUCAACUUUUGGCAUUACACAGAAGUGAUUGUGCGCACGUGCUCCGUUUCCCAUCCCUCUUCUAUGGUAUAAAAGACAUCUUACACCAUAGAUAAUUAUCUAUGCAUGGAUGCACACAGCUGCUGUAUACUAGACAGUUAUAGACUAGACAGUUGUUUCCAAGAGGCCUAGCAUGCAUUCCUUGUACCAAAGACCACGUAUGCAUUUGCUGACAACUCUGAUAUUGGUUCAUGUAGCUGUUCACUCAAGUCAUGGCGGCCGAUCUGUGAUUUUUGACUGGUCCCCAAGUGUCACUACUAGGCAAACACUUCAGCUGCAUCUUGGAGAUGAACUCAUUUUGCGAUGCACUGAAAAUUUCAUCUCAGACAUUGUGCGACAGACCCGUGCUCAAGUGGAUGCCUGCGACAGCAGUAUAGAUAACCCAAAUGCUAAAAUUCCUGUCAGCGUGAACACUUGUUUUGGAAUGGUGGAUACUUUGAGUAUACCGCUGGAAACAUCUUCGGGGAUGCUACCAGAUGCAAUAGUAUUCCAAACUGGGGAAUAUUACUAUUACACCAGUUAUUCUGUUUUAAACGCAACACAAGUAGUAGGUGGUGGUUUAUUUGAUGAAACAUCUGGAGGUCAGUGCUCCGCUGGUCUUAUACUGGAGCUGCAGAUUCUCGAUGACCCCACAACAGAUCCACCUAAUGUAGACAAUGAAGCCUCAACCAUGGAGGUUCCUGAUGACCCCAGCACCGGCCCAGACAAUGUAGACAAUGUAGACAACGGAAAUACUGACCCUACUACUAAUGGAGGUCCUGGAGACAUUAACAUCAAUAUCCCUGGCAGAGUUGGUGGAUUGAAUGGUGCCAGUCGGAUGGGAUGCUGCACAUAUCUGACCACUGUUAUUUCUGUUAUAUUGUGUGUCCUACUGUCAAAGUUUCUGUACUGAUGUUCACGAGUGUGUAAUAGUGUUGUGUGUAUUUAUUGAUUCAUUUUUAAGCACAUCUUUUAUGCAUCCUCAAUACUUACUUAACCUGGACAAUUCAUCAUUGACUCUAAGAAGAAACUGGGAACCUUAUCCUUCCGACGUAAAGACUUAUGUUCUGUAUGUUGUUUAACUGUGUAUAUAAUUAUAAUGUAUUAUACUUGUUGUUUUCCUGCAUAA